UGCAUUCCAUUCCACCACUCAACCUUUCUUCUACGUACUCUUUCCAGCUUGCGAUCUUAAUUACCACGAUCAAUCAAAAGCAAGAAAUUUCCAUGUCGACGGUUACCUCUUGCAACCUCCUGGGACUUGGGGCGGCACCGCCGAGCUCCUCCGGCGGUCGGCUCCUAGGACCGUGGAAGGCAGCCACGGUUGCUCUCCCUUCUUUCCAGCGCAAGUCGUCGUCCCUAUGCUUUGCAAACAACCCAAAGGCCCUGCAACCGUUCAGUAUCUCACCCUUCGCUCUGGUGCACCCGGUGCCGACGAAGCCGGGGGAGCGGUGGCAGAUGAAGGAGGAGGCGGAGACGGUGAGCAUGCAGUUCGACGUGCCGGGGCUGUCCAAGGAGGACCUCGUGGUGGAGCUGGACGAGGACGUGCUGGUCGUCAAGAAGAGGCUGGACCCGAGCAGGGAGCCGGUGCACGACGGCGGCGUCUGCGCCCGCCUGCUCGUGCCGGCGGGGUACACUAGGGAGGACGUCAGGGCCGAGCUGGCCUCCGGCAAGCUCACGGUCACCAUCGCCAAGGUCAAGGCGCACGCUCGAAGGAGGAUCAAUGUUGAUAUCAAGCAGCUAUAGCUACAAAGUGCUUGAUGCGCAUACGCAUUGGCUAUUUCUACCUACGGCAAUAUGGAGGAGUACAUGUCCAAGAGAGCCGCAUGAGUCAUGAAUAAUCAACCGCACUCUAUAUAUACAUAUUUUGUUUUUCCCUAUGGUCGUCUGUAAUGUAUGUACGUUGUACGCGAUUUGUGUUGUCAACAAAGGAAAAAAAAUCAAUAAAGUAUGCAUCCACUUGUGAGUCAAA